AUGGGCGUGGACAACUCACACGUCCGCGUCUUCACGCCUAGAGUCUUCGCCAUGGGCAUGAUUGUCAGCAUUGGCGGGCUGAUCUUUGGCUAUGACACGGGUCAGAUCAGUGGCUUCCUGGAAAUGGACGACUUUCUGCAGCGCUUCGGCAACACCACUGGUGCCAAUGGCGGACCGGCUUUCACGAACGUACGCUCGGGAACGAUUGUUGGCCUUCUCUCCAUUGGCACUCUCCUUGGCGCUCUCAUCGCUGCACCGGUUGCCGAUGCUUUUGGGCGCAAGGUUGCCAUACUCGUUGGAAAUUUCAUCUUCUGCGUCGGUGUCAUUGUGCAGAUUACAACUGAUACUACAUGGUACCAAAUCGCUCUCGGCCGAUGGGUGGCUGGUCUGGGGGUGGGCAUCUUGUCUGUUCUAACACCAAUGUACCAAAGUGAGACGGCUCCGCGACAGGUCAGAGGCGCGCUGGUCUCUGCCUACCAGCUCUUCAUCACCUUUGGCAUUUUCCUGGCGUACUGCAUCAACUACGGCACAGAGACCGACAACGGCAAGAGUCAGUGGAUGGUCCCAAUGGGCGUGGGCUUCAUCUUCCCCGUCAUCAUGGCCAUCGGCAUUCUUUUCCUUCGAGAAUCACCCCGCUGGGACUACCGCCGCGGCCGGAUCGAAGAAGCCCGGAAGACCAUGGCGAAAUCUUACAGCGUGCCUGAGAACCAUUGGGAGGUCAACCGGGAGAUGAGGGAGAUCAAGGAGAAGCUUGACGCCGAGAACGCUGGCGGAGGCAAGCAUCCUUUCUACGAAGUCUUCACCGGUCCACGUAUGGCAUACCGCAUCUCGCUUGGUGUCACUUUGCAGGCCUUGCAGCAGCUCACUGGCGCGAAUUUCUUCUUUUACUACGGCACGACUAUCUUCCAAGCCACAGGACUUAACAACUCGUUCGUCACCUCUAUGAUUCUGGGAGGGGUCAAUUUCGGAAUGACUUUUCCAGGCCUGUGGGUCGUCGAGCAUUUCGGCCGCCGUCGUGCUCUGAUCACCGGCGGGUUGUGGCAAUUUUGCUGCUUCAUGGUCUUUGCUUCGGUUGGACACUUCGCGCUGGACCAGACUACUCCUCAGAAUACCCCAGGCGCCGGCACCGCGAUGAUCGUCUUCGCUUGUCUCUUCAUCGCUGGCUAUGCGCAGACCUGGGGACCCAUUGUCUGGGCUGUGACGGGCGAGAUGUAUCCAAGCCGUUAUCGCGCAAAAGCGAUGGCGAUGAGUACCGCGAGCAACUGGAUCUGGAAUUUCCUGAUCUCAUUCUUCACGCCUUUCAUCACUGGCGCCAUCGACUACCGCUACGGUUACGUUUUCGCAGGCUGCAACUUCGCCGGUGCCUUCGUGGUCUACUUCUUCCUCUGCGAACACCAGGGUCGCAGCUUGGAGGAGAUCGACACCAUGUACAUCAUGCACGUCUCUCCGCUGAAGAGCUCCAAGUGGGUGGCUCCCGAAGGCGAGGAUCUUGUCACAGCCGACAAGCUUUUCCUGGAGCCUGGGGCGGGGGGCAUUCGCAAGCAGGAGGCGUCGGGUAUGGAGGGGGAGCAGAGAUUGGAGGAUGUGCCCGCGGCGACCGAUGAGCAUGGUAUUACUGAUGUUAGUGGGAUCGGGUAUGAGGCUGAGGCUAGUGGUGUGAGGGGUGGAUCGGUUGGUUGA